AUUCAUCAAGAAGCCCACCAGUAUUUGUUGAGUGCCAGAUGUACACUUGGGAAAACAUUUCUGAAGCAUAGACUUCAAGCAACUGAAUCUUUCUCUAGCUUCUAAGCUCAGCAUGUAUGAAGCUUUGCCAGGUUCUGAAAAUGAAGACAGCCUCAUGAAUGUGAAAGUGGAAGAUCCUACCUGGGAGCAGGCAUACCACUCACAGGAGGGCAGCUCCCAUACUCAGGAGCUUUGCCGACUAAGAUUCCGGCAGUUCUGUUACCAGGAGGCUCAUGGGCCACGGGAGGCUCUGUUCCAACUCCGAGAACUUUGCCAUCAGUGGCUGAGGCCAGAGAUGCACACAAAGGAGCAGAUCCUGGAGCUGCUGGUGCUAGAGCAGUUCCUGACCAUCUUGCCCAAGGAGCUGCAGGCCUGGAUGCAGAUGUAUCGUCUGCAGAGUGGGGAAGAGGCAGUGACAGUGCUGGAGAAUCUAGCCACAGGACAUGGAGACACAGAACAGCAGGCAUCUUUCUACAUUCAGGGACAGGACAUGCACCUAGUUGUGACAGAAUACCAGGGAGCCUCUUUGGGGUGUCAGAGCCUUCAGCUUCUGCCUGGGGUAACCACCCUGAUGUGUGAACCUCCACAGCUCCCCAAAGAAGUGAGUGGGUUUGCUCCCCAAGGAACUGCCUUUCCCCAGGAAGAAAGUUGUAGAGAUAUGACACCUGAGUUUAACCCGCCCAAGUUCCAGAUGCUUGUGAAGACUGGGGAGGAAACAGACCAGGCUUUUGCUCCAGAGGAAUGGCCUCGUCUGAGUCUGGCUCAGAGUAAUGUCUGUGGGAAUUCAACUCAGGAGGAUAUAAGUCUGAUGAGUAAGGACAGGCUUCUGGCUGAUCCCAUUUUAGAAGAAGUUGUAACUAAAAAUGGUUUGUUUAAUGUAGAGCAAGACAGUUUUGAAGAAUUGGAACAAGGUGUCAAGACCUCAGGAAUACCCAACAGAGAUUGUGCACCCAUUAUCCCUUAUAGUACUGCUGUCCCUAUUGAAAAGACAGUCUCAAAUUUGAACACUCUGAAGGAUCGUCACCCACCCCGUGACUCCUGGGCCCGGAUGCACAUUGCAUCCUUGCAAUAUGCAGCAGGAGACAUUACUCGAAAGGGGAGAAAAAAAGACAAAGCUCGAGUGAGUGAACUGCUCCAAGGCCUUGCGUUUUCUGAUGACUCAGAUGUGGAGGAAGAUAAUGAGCCUGAAGUACAACCUGUGCAGAAGAAGCUAAAAGUGUCGAGUGUCCCAGAGAAGACUUGGACUAAAAGAGACAUUAAACCCAACUUUCCAAGCUGGUCAGCACUGGAUUCUGGACUUUUGAAUCUCAAGAGUGAAAAGUUGAAUCCAGUAGAGCUCUUUGAAUUAUUUUUUGAUGAUGAAACAUUCAACUUGAUUGUCAAUGAAACUAAUAAUUAUGCUUCUCAGAAAAAUGUCAACUUGGAAGUCACGGUUCAGGAAAUGCGGUGUGUGUUUGGUGUCCUGCUUUGGAGUGGAUUUGUAAGGCGUCCUAGAAGGGGAAUGUAUUGGGAAAUUUCUGAUGCUGAUCAGAACCUGGUUAGAGAUGCAAUUAGAAGGGACAGAUUUGAAUUGAUUUUUUCAUACCUGCAUUUUGCAGAUAAUAGCCACCUAGAUCAAAAAGAUAAGUUUUCAAAACUGAGGCCUCUCAUAAAGCAAAUGAAUAAAAAUUUCCUUUUGUACGCUCCCCUAGAAGAAUACUAUUGCUUUGACAAAUCAAUGUGUGAAUGCUUUGAUAGUGACCAGUUCCUGAAUGGAAAGUCUCUUAGAAUUGGCUAUAAAAUUUGGUGUGGUACAACCACACAGGGUUAUCUGGUUUGGUUUGAGCCCUAUCAAGAAGACUCAACCAUGGAGGCAGAUAAAGAUCUUGACCUUGGGUUAGGUGGAAAUCUAGUAAUGAACUUUGCUGAUGUUCUUUUAGAGAGGGGUCAAUAUCCCUAUCACCUGUGUUUUGAUAGCUUCUUUACAAGUGUCAAAUUGAUGUCAGCUUUGAAGAAGAAAGGGGUGAGGGCUACAGGAUCAAUUCGAGAUAACAGGACAGACAAAUGUCCACUUAUGACUGCAGAAAAUAUGAAAAAAAUGAAGAGGGGGUAUUUUGAUUUCCGAGUGGAAGAAAAUGAUGAGAUAAUUUUGUGUCGUUGGCAUGGGGAUGGCAUUAUCAGUUUGUGCUCAAAUGCUGUAGGUAUAGAACCAGUCAGUGAGAUAAGUUGUGUUGCUGAUGGUGUAGAGAUCCCUCAGAUAAGUCAACCAUCCAUAGUGAAAUUGUAUGAGGAAUGCAGGAAAGGUGUAGCUAAAAUGGAUCAAAUUAUUUCCAAAUAUAGAGUAAGGCUAAAAAGCAAGAAAUGGUAUUCCAUUUUGGUGAGCUACAUGGUUGAUGUAGCCAUGAACAAUGCAUGGCAUCUGCACAGAAUCUGUAACCCAGGCUCCUCUUUAGACCUCUUGGAUUUUCGGAGAUGUGUUGCACAUUUCUACUUGGGACACAAUGUUAAUCUGUCGGAUUAA